AACUCUGCUCCCAUUAUCGUGAACACAGACUCGCUGGAACAAGGGCUUUCUGUGAACGGCACUGAUGGGAUGUUCAAAUACGAGGAGAUCGUCUUGGAAAGGGGUAACUCCGGCCUCGGCUUCAGCAUAGCAGGAGGAAUCGACAACCCCCACAUUCCAGAUGACCCGGGUAUCUUCAUCACCAAAAUCAUCCCUGGGGGAGCGGCAGCCAUGGACGGCCGUCUGGGGGUGAACGACUGCGUGCUGCGGGUGAACGACGUGGACGUCUCCGAGGUGGUGCACAGCAAAGCCGUGGAGGCCCUGAAGGAAGCGGGCCCCGUGGUGCGGCUCGUGGUGCGCCGCCGGCAACCCCCGCCAGAGACCAUCAUGGAGGUCAACCUGAUGAAGGGCCCCAAAGGCCUGGGGUUCAGCAUCGCAGGGGGCAUCGGGAACCAGCACAUCCCCGGGGACAACAGCAUCUACAUCACCAAGAUCAUCGAGGGAGGUGCUGCCCAGAAGGACGGGCGCCUGCAGAUCGGGGACCGGCUGCUUGCAGUGAAUAACACGAACCUGCAGGACGUGCGGCACGAGGAGGCGGUGGCUGCCCUGAAGAACACCUCCGACAUGGUGUACCUGAAAGUGGCCAAGCCCGGCAACAUCCACCUCAACGACAUGUACGCGCCCCCCGACUACGCCAGCACCUUCUCAGCCUUGGCUGACAACCACAUAAGCCAUAACUCCAGUCUGGGCUACCUGGGCAGCGUUGAGAGCAAGCCUGCCUACCCCGUCCCUCCCCAGGUGACUCCAUCCCGGUACUCACCCAUCCCUCGGCACAUGAUCGGGGACGAGGACUUCACCAGGGAGCCCCGGAAAAUCAUCCUGCACAAAGGCUCCACCGGCCUGGGCUUCAACAUCGUCGGGGGGGAAGAUGGCGAGGGGAUCUUCGUGUCCUUCAUCCUGGCUGGAGGCCCUGCUGACCUCAGCGGGGAGCUGCGGAGGGGAGACCGCAUCCUCUCGGUGAAUGGCGUGCCGCUCAGGGGUGUGCCCCAUGGACAGGCUGUCGUUGCCUCUCUUGGCACUUACCAGUUGUGCCUGGCUUGGGGGCAGCUCCCGCCUGCUCUGACCACCUCUCUCCCCGCAGAGUACAGCCGCUUCGAGUCAAAGAUCCACGACCUGAGAGAGCAGAUGAUGAACAGCAGCAUGAGCUCCGGCUCUGGCUCGCUCCGGACAAGUGAGAAGAGGUCUCUCUAUGUCCGAGCCCUGUUUGACUAUGACCGGACCCGGGACAGUUGCUUGCCCAGCCAGGGGCUCAGCUUCUCCUACGGGGACAUCCUGCACGUCAUCAAUGCCUCUGAUGAUGAGUGGUGGCAGGCCAGGCUUGUCACACCCCACGGCGAGAGCGAGCAGAUCGGGGUCAUCCCCAGCAAGAAAAGGGUGGAAAAGAAGGAGAGAGCACGGUUGAAAACAGUGAAGUUCCACGCCCGGACUGGCAUGAUUGAGUCCAACAGGUUGAUCAAAACGAAACGUAAAAAGAGUUUCCGCCUCUCUCGAAAGUUUCCAUUUUACAAGAGCAAAGAGAACCUGGCCCAGGAGAGCAGCGGACAGGAACAGGGAGUGACAUCAAACACCAGUGACAGCGAGAGCAGUUCCAAAGGACAAGAGGACACCGUCCUGUCGUAUGAGCCGGUGACGCGGCAUGAAAUUCACUAUGCGAGGCCGGUGAUCAUCCUGGGGCCGACAAAGGACCGAGUUAACGACGACCUCAUCUCCGAAUUCCCACACAAGUUUGGUUCCUGCGUGCCACACACUACCAGGCCUCGGCGCGAGAACGAGGUGGAUGGACAAGACUACCACUUCGUCGUAUCCCGCGAACAGAUGGAGAAAGACAUCCAGGACAACAAGUUCAUAGAGGCUGGGCAGUUCAAUGACAAUCUCUAUGGGACCAGCAUUCAGUCAGUGCGGGCAGUGGCGGAGAGGGGGAAACACUGCAUCCUGGAUGUGUCUGGCAAUGCUAUCAAGAGGUUGCAACAAGCACAACUUUAUCCCAUUGCCAUUUUCAUCAAACCAAAAUCCACUGAAGCUCUCAUGGAGAUGAACCGGAGACAGACGUACGAACAGGCCAUCAAGGUUUUUGACAAAGCCAUGAAACUCGAGCAAGAGUUUGGAGAGUAUUUUACAGCCAUCGUACAAGGAGACUCUCUCGAAGAGAUUUACAGCAAAAUCAAACAGAUCAUUGAGGACCAGUCCGGGCACUACAUCUGGGUCCCGUCUCCAGAGAAACUCUGAAGAUGUCUCACCCCUGCUUCCCCGUGAGCAGAAGAUCUCUGAAGUCCCACCCCACCCAAGCCCUCUGCCCUAAGGGGGGGGGAUACGAAAACUAUUCCUGCCCC